CUCUUCUAUUUCCAUCGCCAUCGACCUUCUUCCUGACCACAGCGACCUCCUUCGAAGCUUUUCCGACUCCCCCACCUCUUCCUAGGGUUAGCGUAUCGAUCGAUCUCAGGGUUUGACUCGAUCCCCUUGCCUUCCUCUCCUACCGGGUGAUCGCGCGCAGGGUUCCGAUUCGUGUAGGAUUCGGUCGAGGGGGGAUCUGGGGCGCAGCGGAGGAUGUCGAUGCACGAGAGGAAGACGAUCGAUUUGGAGCAGGGAUGGGAAUUCAUGCAGAAGGGCGUCACCAAACUGAAGAACAUCUUGGAGGGGCUCCCCGAGCCGCAGUUCAGCUCAGAGGACUACAUGAUGCUCUACACGACUAUAUACAACAUGUGCACACAGAAACCCCCGCACGAUUACUCCCAACAGCUAUAUGACAAGUACAGAGAGUCGUUUCAGGAGUACAUUACUUCCAUGGUUUUGCCAUCUUUGAGAGAAAAGCAUGAUGAAUUUAUGUUGAGGGAACUAGUCAAAAGAUGGUUAAAUCAUAAGGUUAUGGUCAGGUGGCUUUCACGUUUCUUUCAUUACCUUGAUCGUUAUUUCAUCGCGCGAAGGUCGCUUCCACCACUGAACGAAGUUGGGCUUACUUGCUUUCGCGACUUGGUUUAUCAAGAGAUUAAAGGAAAAGUUAAAGAUGCAGUCAUUUCCUUGAUUGAUCAAGAGCGUGAGGGGGAACAAAUUGAUAGAGCUUUAUUGAAGAAUGUCUUGGACAUUUUCGUUGAGAUUGGGUUGGGUAACAUGGACUGCUAUGAAAAUGACUUUGAAGCAGAUCUGCUUAAAGAUACUGCAGCUUAUUAUUCUAGGAAAGCUUCAAAUUGGAUUCUAGAAGAUUCAUGUCCAGAUUACAUGUUAAAGGCUGAAGAGUGCUUAAAGCGGGAGAAGGAUAGGGUUGCUCAUUACUUGCACUCUAGCAGUGAACAAAAGUUGUUAGAGAAAGUGCAACAUGAGUUACUAUUUGCAUAUGCAAGCCAACUUUUGGAGAAGGAACAUUCUGGGUGCCAUGCCUUACUUCGAGAUGACAAGGUGGAUGACCUCUCUCGUAUGUAUAGGCUCUUUUGCAGAAUACCUCGUGGCCUAGAUCCUGUUUCUCAGAUAUUUAAGCAGCAUGUGACCGCUGAGGGUACAGCAUUGGUUAAACAAGCAGAAGAUGCUGCAAGCAACAAGAAGGCAGAGAAAAGGGAUGUGGUUGGCCUCCAAGAACAGGUUUUUGUCAGAAAGGUUAUUGAGCUGCAUGACAAGUACUUGUCUUAUGUGAAUGACUGCUUUCAGAAUCAUUCCCUUUUCCAUAAGGCACUCAAAGAGGCUUUUGAGGUUUUCUGUAACAAAGGUGUUGCAGGAAGCUCAAGUGCUGAGUUGCUGGCGACUUUCUGUGAUAAUAUUCUUAAGAAGGGUGGAAGUGAGAAACUCAGUGACGAAGCAAUUGAGGAGACACUUGAGAAAGUCGUGAGGUUGCUUGCUUAUAUCAGUGACAAAGAUCUGUUUGCCGAGUUCUAUAGGAAGAAGCUUGCUCGGAGGUUGCUCUUUGACAAAAGUGCUAAUGAUGACCAUGAGAGGAGUAUUUUGACAAAGUUAAAGCAGCAAUGUGGAGGACAGUUCACCUCAAAGAUGGAGGGCAUGGUGACUGAUUUAACGCUUGCCAGAGAAAACCAAUCUAAUUUUGAGGACUAUCUCAACAUUAAUCCUCAGGCAAAUCCAGGGAUAGAUCUCACUGUCACCGUUCUGACAACGGGAUUCUGGCCAAGUUACAAAUCAUUUGAUCUCAACCUUCCUGCUGAAAUGGUAAAAUGUGUAGAAGUUUUUAGAGAGUUCUAUCAGACAAAAACCAAACAUAGGAAGCUUACAUGGAUUUAUUCUUUGGGGACAUGUAACCUCAUUGGAAAGUUUGAGCCCAAGACAAUGGAGCUUAUUGUCACAACUUAUCAGGCGGCGGCUUUGCUUCUUUUUAAUGCCUCAGAUAGAUUGAGUUAUUCAGAGAUCAUGGCUCAGCUUAACUUGACCGAUGAUGAUGUUAUCAGAUUGCUUCACUCCCUUUCUUGUGCCAAGUAUAAGAUUCUCAAUAAAGAGCCAUAUACGAAAUCUAUUUCUCCGAAUGACGUCUUUGAGUUUAAUUCCAAAUUCAGUGACAAAAUGAGAAGGAUCAAGAUACCUCUUCCACCAGUGGAUGAAAAGAAGAAGGUAAUAGAAGAUGUUGACAAGGAUCGAAGAUAUGCUAUUGAUGCCUCCAUUGUGCGCAUUAUGAAAAGUCGUAAAGUUUUGGGUCAUCAACAGUUAGUGAUGGAAUGCGUCGAACAGCUUGGUCGCAUGUUCAAGCCUGACUUUAAAGCAAUUAAGAAAAGAAUAGAAGAUUUGAUCACCAGAGAGUAUUUAGAGCGGGACAAGGACAACCCAAAUCUUUUCAGAUACCUGGCCUGAUUGAUCUGAUCUCUUUGGAGAAACACACGCCCUUCCAUGUCUUUCAGGCUCCCAGCAAUGUCGACCAUGAAGCUAAUAAAGGCUGUUGAAAUCUAUAGCUGCACAGGCUGGAGAUUGCUAACAAAAUUUCAAGACUUUGGUGGCAACUUCCUUUGUAUAUUCAUCUGUUUCAAGUAACUGCUUCGACUUCUGCUCCAAAGGGAAGCACCGUGUGGUACGAAAUUCCUGUACUGGAAUUGUGUUGUUAAGGAAUUUGAUACUGUAAUCAUCGGAUGAUCCCUGACCUUCUUCAAAUAUUCUAUUCUAUAUUUUUGUUCAAUGUCAUCUGGUAAUUAUGUUAUUGUGA